CUCUCACGCGCUCGCGCACACUGAUUCUACACAGACAUAAGCAAGACAAGAGAAAGGACUUUUCUUGAGGAUACAGCUUGAGGUUGGAUUCAGCAUGGCGGUUGGAAGGGGUGGGAAAAGCUUAAUGGGACCUCUAUUAGCUGUCAACUCUGUCGUGCAUCUAAUUGUACUGGGAUUAGCAGGAUGGUCUCUCGACAAAUACAUUGACGGUGAACAGGAUCAUCCCCAUUUGGGAGGGAAUCCGUCUACAAGCUUUCUGCUAGUGUUUGCAUUGAUUGGCGGUGUAAUUGGAGCAUGUUCUCUGUUUGCUGGGCUCAUCCAUCUCCGGGCUUGGCACAGUGACAGUCUGGCCGGUGCAGCCUCUUCUGCGUUCAUAUCAUGGACUAUGACAGCUCUUGCCUUUGGGUAUCCAUCGCCUUGCUCAAAACCUUACUCCUCCUCUACUCUGUUCACUCGUUUUAAGUAGUUUAUUGGUGCAGACUUGUGUGCAAGCAGAUCAUAUUGGGAGGGCAUAGAGGGAAACGACUGGUAAAUGGUCACGUUAAUAUUUACUUGAAUCGAAGCUUCUUAUUGUGUUAUCAGUAGCAGUCUUCCUACAUGAAAGAUGGAAUGCUGAUGAUUUUUGUCUUUCACAAAAUACGAGUGUUGCAGCAAACAUUGGAGGCUUUCAUCACAUUGUCAUUACUGAGUCAGUUGCUGUAUUUACUGCUACUGCAUGGUGGGAUGUGUAGCGGGAGAUUUGGACCUGCUUACGGUGGCUAUGGGACACGAUAUGGUGGCAUUGGGAUGACGAGGCGCACCCCUGCUGUUGUCUGAAACAAGGGGAUGGAAGUUCUGGAUGCGGCAGAACAGUGAAAUUCUGAGGUAAAAAAAACUGAGUAACAUUUUGAUAGCAUGAUAAUUUCUAAUUGAAGUCUGAGGCAAGAAUCACUGGCCUCGAAUGUACAUAAAUUUUGCGAUUAAUUUGCUUUGGCAUGAUUCUGAGAAUGAUGUGGAGCUACAAAAUCCCAAUACGUUAUGAAUCCCAAAUUCCUUAAUGUCAUGUCUGCGUCGGAGCUACAAUUUCCAUGU